AUGGCGCACGUGUUGAGCGGCGGCGGCGGUGACCACGGCGGCGGCGUCAACCACGGCAGCGACGGUGCCGUUGACGGCGCUCGCGGCUCCGAGCUUUGUCGCCCACUUCGGCGCCAGCGGUGGGAUGCAGGUGGCCGCAUCGUGGUAUAUCGCAUCACCGCCCGCCCGCAAUUUCGCGUAAAAUUGGCAGCGUGCGGCGGGCGGGCGGCGGCAGCGGCGCGGAGCGUCGCUCCCGAAAUAGUGUUCGGGCGCGGUCGUAUACUGUCGGGAGCGGCGCCCCAGUCGCCGUGUGGACGCGCGCGCGCAUCCGCGUCGCUUCGUCAGCGGUCCCCGCGCCGCCCGCCGGACGAAUACCCGGGUGCAGAGCUGACUUGCCGGUUCACAAGUCGACCGUGCGCGUAUUUCGGUCUCGAGAGGGCCCCGGGCCGCGUCGGGCGCGCUGCCCGCGCGCUGGCCGCCGUGCUCUGGUGGUGGUGCGUGGCGCUGCUGCGGCUGGUCGCGCUCUGCGCGCCUCCCCCCGGCCCGUCCGGCGUCGGCGCGCCGCCGCUGCCCUCCGUCCGCGCCGCGGAAGAUGCGCCGUCGGCGGCCGCUUGCGCGAGCGCGCCUUCCAACACCACCGAGCCGACGCCGCCGCCGCCGCCGCCCGCGGCGCCAGAUACGCCCGCACACACCGAAUGGUGGUGGGCGGGCGCAUGCGUGGGCGCAGCAGUGUUGUUAUGCGCCGCGGGCGCGCUGGCCUGCCCGCAUCUGCGCCGCCGAAACGCUACCGCCGCACCUGCCGCACUCGCCGCACCCGCCGCCGUCAAUCCCAUGCUCUCGGUACAAGUGCCGGGGUGCGCGGGCAUGGAGCGGCUGGGCGCGCCGGGGGGGCCGCGCCUGCGGCACGAUCACAGACACCACCAUUCCACAUUGGAAUGGGAAAAGCAGCAGACGUUGCAGGCGAUGGUGGGCCGGCUCCAAGAGAUGGUGGAGCAAGAAACACGCGCGCGAUCCGCCGCCGCCGCCGAGCGCCUCGGACUGCCACCCAGCAUACAGCUGCCCGACGGCGAGUACGGCCAGGACGCGCACCUACAGUUACGAGUCCCUUAUCAGCAAGCCGAGCUGACCAGAAGCAGCUUCCAGCCUCCACCGAACAAGUGCGUGAGCGACGUCCCCGAGUGGGCGGGCGCGGCGGAGGCGCCGGCGGCGCGGCGCGGCGGGAAGAAGGACGGGCUGUUGCAGAAGGCGACGCGCUGGUGGGUGCGCAUGGGCACGCGCGGCGCGCCGGCGCUGCUGCCGGGCAGCGCGGCGCCGACGCCGGCGGUGGUGAUGGUGCCGCGCCGCGCCGCGCCGGCCGCGCCGCCCGACGCGUGACGCCGCGCGCGCGCCGCACACCACGCUUACAUUCCAUUGUCGGGCCGGUCGCGCGCGCCGCCCGGAGUAUUAUAGACUUGGUAUUUAUUUAUUCGCCGCGCCCGCGUUCCUCGCGCCGUCUUUGAGUUCGCGAUGACUGAGACUGAUCCGAGUGAGGAGAGCCGUGUCGUGGCGGAGGUCGGUCCGGCGGGCCGUGCCGCGCCGUGCCGCGCCGUGCCGUGCCGUGCAGUGCCGUGCCGUGCCGUACCGUGCCGGACCGAGCCGGGCCGGCCUCGCCGCCGACGGUCGGCCGACACGCGUCGCGAGAGAGUCGCCGGCGAGCCGGACUCGCGCAGUGUGUGCGGUUUCGCGUUCGAGUGACCCGUCGUAAAGUUUGAUUUCUGUCCGGCAGCUAUGAAUCUGUGUUUAAACAACUUUUAUAUUUGCUUAUGAUCGUAUGUAAAGUCAUAUCAGUGCGGUGAAUGCGAGGAUUGUCGAUUUACGACGCAUAGUAACUGUUUUAUUGUAAAUAUUGUCUCUAAUUUAAUGUUAGAUCGGUCUACGGCCGAGGGUCUUUUCGAUUGAGUGUUUGCUACAUUCCAUAUUUAUGUUGAAACGUUGUCGAUGUUACUCGCCGCGCCGCACCGGCCGCCGCAGUCGCUACUCGCCGAGCGCUGAGCUCCACAGUCCACACGGCCAUGCUGGGCCGUGCUGAGCCGUACUGGGCCGUACUGGGCCGUACUGGGCCAUACUUGGCUGUACACACGGCACACGGCACACAGAAUACGUGACACGUGACUCGCCGCGUCGACAUUGUUGUCACUUGUCACCACCGACAAUGAUGUACGAUUACCGAAUAGUGACUGAUGUUUGAAACGCAGAGUAAUCGAAAUCUCAUUAGGAAAUAGACAUUGAAUAAAUGAUAAAAGAAAUGUUAUAUUUAGUUUUAAAUUAGCUAUUUAUUAUUUAUACUGUAAGGCCGGUAAUUCAUAUCCUGCAUAACUUUAUGAGUCUAGGUCAAAUAUGAUUGCAAUAUUAUGCAGAAUGUGAAUGCCAGAAACAAAACCAUAAUUUUUUUAUGAUUAUUGAUUAGCUUAUCGACCAUGAUUUUAUGAAUGCACGUCGAAGAUAUAUUUAAAACGUGUUUUGUCUUCUAGUCCCGUUAUUUUCGACUGACACGACACAAAGACAAUAACACAGUAUACCUGGUCCACUGAGUAACUGUGACUAACAACAAGUGGAGCCUUCUUAUUAAUUAUUAUUUAAAAACGACAGUUUACAGUGAACUUUUUGUAUUUCACUCGACUGAAAAAUUAAAACUAUUGACUGCAAUUACGGGUGUUAAACGUAGUGCUGUAAUUACAUUAUUAUAGUCUGCCAAUAUCGACUGCUACUUACCAAGUGUGUUGACGACUUGAGAGUUAGUUUGGCGGUUCAGUGUGGCUAGUGGCUGCUCGCAUGCAAAACCAAGUAAUACAUCUAUAUACCAAUGUGAUAGCUUAAUGUAUAUGUCAAAGGGCUCAAAUGCAGCCUGUGCUCUAUUGAUACGAUUACGAAAUUGUCUAUUUCUCAUUAAUUAUCAAAUUCUUAUGCGAAACACGUCAGUAUAAUAUUAUAUUUACACUGUGUAUCACUAUAUCAGCAAACUAUUUAACAAACUUUUGCUGACUACUAUUAAAUAUAUAGAAAUAAUGUCGCAGAAUUAAAUUAAAUAUACACAUUUUAAUAUAAAAAUAAACAAUGGACAAUUCAAAUGUUUAUAUACAAUGGAAGUAAUACUUAUUAAGGUAUAAUAUGUGUGUGCAAUGACUGGUACUUAUUUUGUAUUAAUACUUGCCUUAAAAUAUUUGUAACUUGUGUCUUUCAUUUGAGACAUGUAUGAAAUGAAAAUAUUUAUUUUCCAUAUUUGUAAAGAAACAUCACCCCGUUGUGUAAAUAACAAUAUGCUGUAACACAACAACUCACUUAUUGAAAUAUCACCAAUUGUACGUUAAUUUUACGAAACAGCAGAGCAAAAUGCCGAAGCCAUUUAUAGAUUUGUGUUUUGCAAUCGUCCUCGGUCUUUAUUUUGUUUGUAAACACCAAUGUCGGUAUAGUAACGUUGAAUAUGUAGCAUUCGACCGGAAGACGAAUGUAAUUGCACCAUUACUGGUGUGUUAAACUAAUUGUCAAUGUUUAAAAAAUGUGUUGCAAAAUAUUCCGAACAUUUCAUUAUAAUACGUAGUAUGUACACAUGUUCCGUGUUUCCUUUUCAAACGAACAAUAAUUAAUGCAGAAAUCAAAUUGUUCACUUGUAGACUUCUGCAUUUCGUUUGUGUAUGUUAAAGUUAUUUAACUCCACCACAUGAUGAUAAUAUAGUUAUGUAUAUUAUUAUGAACAUGUCUGAUUUAGUACCUUAAUAAUAAUAGUCAUUUAAAUUUCAAAAAAAUAGUAGUAAAGCUGUUCUUGUACAAAUAGUGAUAAAAUAUAAAAGUUGUUUAAAAUAGUUUCACAGAAUAGAUAUUUAAUCUAGAUAUCAAACAAUAUUCCAUUGUCAUAUUAAUAAGUACAGCAGGAGCAAAUGUUUACUAUAAAAAAAACUGCAUUAAAUUAUGACCUACAAUAAUGAUACA